GGGCGAGCAGAAUCAUUUCCGUUUCCGGUGGGCAAAGGACAAGCGGAAUGUAAACACGGGACCCGGGGAGUGGUUAUCAGGUAACUGGGUUACCCGGUCCGUGGUGGAAGCCGGAGGAAGAGAAGAGAACGAGGCGAGUGGGUCUGUGGUCACGGGAGAAAGGAGCUUCAGAAGUGGGAGUUGAUCUCCACCUGGACGUGGCAGACCCGGGACACUAAGAAUGGCUUCCUUUGGAUGGAAGAGGAAAAUUGGCGAGAAGGUCUCCAAGGCCACUUCCCAGCAGUUUGAAGCUGAAGCUGCUGAUGAGAAGGAUGUAGCUGAGAAUGAUGAAGGAACCUGGCUACAUGCUAUUAAACGUAGGAAAGAAAUUCUCCUUGAAGGCUGUGCUGAGAAAAGUAAACAACUGAAGGAUGAAGGAGCCAAUUUGGCUGAAAAUAAAAGAUACCGAGAGGCGAUUCAGAAAUGGGAUGAAGCGCUCCAGUUCACCCCGAAUGAUGCCGCCCUGUACGAGAUGAAGUCACAGGUCCUGAUGUCUCUUCACGAAAUGUUCCCAGCAGUCCAUGCAGCAGAAAUGGCUGUCCAGAGAAAUCCACACUCAUGGGAGUCUUGGCAGACUUUGGGACGAGCUCAGCUUGGCUUAGGAGAGAUAGUCUUGGCAAUUCGGAGUUUUCAAGUAGCCCUUCACAUCUACCCAAUGAACCCUGAAAUAUGGAAAGAAGACCUUUCUUGGGCAAGAACGCUCCAGGAGCAGCAGAAGGUAGCACAGAGGAUUAAAAAAAGUGAAGCACCAGCGGAAGUAACCCAUUUCUCACCAAAGUCAAUUCCUGACUAUGACUUUGAAAGUGAUGAGAUUGUUGCUGUUUGUGCAGCUAUUGCUGAAAAACAGAAGACCAUCUCAGCAAAUAAAACAAUGGUGAUUGUGUCGGCCUCUGGGACUGUGGAGACGGUAACUGAGAAGGAAGAUGGUGCUGCCCCACCAGAUGGCUCUGUUUUUAUCAAAGCCCGAUGAAGCAUAGCAGGAAUUCUUUGAAUCUGUCUUUUUGAUUGCCACUUAAAGUUGUGAGCAUAGGGACAUUUACUCUGGAGAAAUAGGGGAAAACUCCUGUUUGUAAAAUAAGUUUUUCAGAUGAAGCGUAUAAAAAUAAAUGGUAGAAGUAUUGUAUAGUGUUUGGACUAUGCAUUGAUAAGUUAUGAUUUAAACUUCUUAAGAUUAGAAUUCUGAGUCUAGUGGUUUUUGAUUAAUAAACUUAAUUUAAUCCAAAUAUAUAAGUGAGUACAUUUUAAAGACACAACUUGCAAGUGGAUUCUCGAACAGUGAAUAACUUGAUGGCCAGUGUUAUAUUAAAAUGUUGACUUGUUGACUUUUGUUUUAUGAUAAAGGAAGUGGGUGAUUUCUUUUCCUUUUAGAAAUAUACUGCUGUCACUAUUCACUCUUCUAUUUUUCUUGUUUCAUUAGAGUAAGUUUGUCACAAAGCUUGAAUAUUUUUGAAAGUCAUUUUGAUUCAAAGUUGUCAUUUGGUUACAAGUGGAAUCUUUGAAAGUUCGGCUGAAAAUGCAUGCAAAUGUGUACAUUCUGAACAUUUUCUGAAGUUUCUCCUAAUUCUGAUUUGUGCUUACAUUUUGACUUUAAAAUUAUUAUAACAAUGGUACUUGCCUCCUUCACUAUUUGUUAGAUGUAUAAAGAACUGGUAAACGUUAGAAUGAUGGUUUUAUUUUUUUAAUUGUUAAAGUAGGUAGAAUAGUUCUUACCGCACGCAAGUCGUUUUUAAGAUGUGCGUCUUUGAAAUGAAUGGCUCCUAUAGAUACAUCGUAACAAAUUGUACUGCUGUCUUGUCCCAGUCAAAAGCAGUAUUUUCUUCUUAUUAUUUUUAAAAGCUUAAAAACCUUGAAGAUAACUUAGCUCUUGCUUAUAACUUUCCAGCUGAUAGUUUGGAAUUCCUUUUCUAGAUAACUUUUUUGGAACUACUCAGUGAAAUGAGAAAUAAUCACAGUUUUGAAUAGCUAAAUUGUAUCUUUCUAAAGAUAAAAAGCAGGGUUGUUAUUAUUAAAGUGCCACUGAGUGAAUAACUUAGGCACAGCACACGUGGAAACCGAAAUGUGACUUAUGGUACAGGCCCAUGAGUAGAGAAGGAUAUGAUAUGUUGAAGGAAUAUUUCAUUGAAAGGCCACAAUCACAUCCCCAAAUCAAUACUGUCAUUGCUAAUGUGAAUUAUAAUUUUUAUCCUACAUAUAUUGUAGUACAAUUAUAUAAACUGCUGGACGCUGAUACUUCUGACACUCAGGAAGCUAUUAUUGGUGUAAAAUUAAUUUUAUCCUUGUUAGAGAUGAAAGUAAGUUACUUUAUUUUAAGGAAUCUUACCUUACUCUCUUGGAGGAUGUGAGUAACGGUCUACAUUUUUCUGAGAUGAUUUUUAAAAUUUUUAUUUUAGUGGAAUGCUUCUCUCUUUUUUUCAGAGUUGGAGAAGUCAGCGCUUGCCUUGAAAAGUAUAUUUUCCCCCAAAGUUGUAUCAGAAAGUUAGCUCUGGUCAGAGAGGUUAGUUUUAGAAUGAUCCAGAAAACCAAAUAUUAAUUAUAUUUUAUUUUGUAUAAUAAGGAAUAUCCUCAAAGGGUAGAUAGUUGGGUAUCUAGAGAAGUGAGCACUUACCAUUUGGUAUGUUGUUUUGAGUAAUAGGUGUUUGUUUAUUGUGUAAUUUGUGAAUAAAUAUUUUUUCUGAAUUUUAAAGAUUUGCCUGUUGUGUUGUUAGCUUUUUAAAAAUUAGAUUUAUUUAUUUAAUUUCUUUCUUAUGUGACAAUAAAAUAUGUAAAGCACCUUGCAUGGUGUCUCGCAUAUGAAGUACUUGGUAAAUGCUAGCUUUUUCUUUGAAGAACUUGGAUUAGUUUGGAAAUGUUUAACCUCAGUUUCUUCUGAUUUUAAGAAAGCAAGACAACUUCUUUGUAAUCUUUUCCUUAUCUGAAAGUGAGACAUCACUCCUCAUAUUACAGGACAGAUGGUUAUCAGUUGGAGGUUCUUCUUGUUGUAAGCUCUGUGCCUUAGCCCCAAAAGAGGCAGGAGCCAGAGUGGCGCGCACGUAGCCCUAGCUUCUGUUGAAGAACCUAGGGUUUCCCACAUUGGCAUUGCUAGGCCAGGUUAGUCACUUCCUUGCUCAGAUAGAAGAAAUAAGAGGUUUUAGACAUAAGUUGGAGGAGAGAAAGAAGUAGUCAGUCAUGGAGAAGAAUGGCAGUUCAUUUCUCCAGGCCCCUAAAAAUGCUUGGCUAACACUCUGGUACGCACAAGGAGAAAAAUACAUGCAUUAUUUUAUAAGGAUGUGAAUACUGAUAUAAAGACAUUUACUAAGUUUGUUACAUAGAAUAACACAUCCUUUUGAAUCUGAAAGAAAAAUAAUUGAUGUUCAUGGUAGUGACAUAAUUAAAGAUGUUUAAUACACUUUCUGAAAACACUAACACUAAAAUUAUACUGAAUAUAAUUUGCAUUAUUCUUACUUGAAAAUUGUAUGGCAGAGACACUCAUUAGAUAAAACACUACACAUCCAGACCAUGCCUGAUAAUUUGAGAAUCAUAUAUUAUUUUCUAGACAACUUAGGUUAUAGAGUAUUUAUCUUAAAUGUGCUAAUAAAUGCUAUGUAAACAUUGAAAAGUUUAGAUCGCAGGACCUAGAUCUACAAUUGGGGCCUAUGUACAAAAUUUUAUGGUGGUAGUCUAAAUAUAAGAAGCUUUUAAAUUGAUGUUAUAUGGCAAAACUAUAAUGAGGACAUAAUAAAAAAAACUGUCUCAGAAAGCUAGAGUUUCCAUAACUGACCAGUAUAGCCUUUUCAGUUUGAAAAUUAUGCUUUAUGUAAUAUCAAAAGCUUGUUUCACUGCCUUUCCCAGCAGUAGGAAAAUUGUCAAUAAUUUCUUUAAUUUCAGGCUUCCUGGUUCAGAAGCCCUUCUAAAUCGACUGUGGACGUUGAUUUCGGGACAUACAUGUGAUCUAAAUGAGUUAUGAGUUGACACAAGAACCAUAGUUUCAUAAUUAUCUUCAAAUAAUGGAUAUACUAAAUGUGGUUUUUAUUUUCCUGAGAGAGGAUUAUUAAACUGAUGGUGUAUUUUGUAACUGCUGGCAUUUUAGGAUUGAGAAAGUAAUUUUUUUUAACCAAUAAGAAAAUACAGAAAUUUGUAAAUGACUAAUCAUUGCCAAAGUAGAUUAAAAUGAAAUAUAUCCCUUUAGUCACUUGCAAUUAAACAUGCCCACUUGAACGGAAGAGAAGGGGUGGCCCUAUCGCUGGUGUACCGUGAAUUGUGCCUUAAUGUGUGUUAUGUGUGAACUUCACCAGCUGUGUGUGCCAAGCUGGAAGAAAGGUUGAGAAAUGCUGAUCUCCCCUUCAUUGGGAUGGCAGAGGGUGGGAUGGCUUCCUUUCACAGUGCUGCUUUGGAUACCAUUAAGCAAGGAAUCCUGAUCUCUCCCUUCCCUCCUCCCUCCCACCUCCCCAGGAAAGGGAGCUUAAGAUAAAGAACUGGACAUACAAGCCCCUUUCUCCGCUUUUUUGGAUGUUCCUGCAGAGAUCCUAUGUUGUAGUCUCUUGGCAGACCUGUUGUGAGUUUUGCAGUGAAGGCUCUCUGCCUCUGCGAGGGGAGAGCUGUGCUUGUGCAGGAUUGCCUGUGCCUUGGGGAGCACGUCUGUCUAAUUCUGGCUUUGAUAUCAGGUGGCCAUUGUUGCCACAAACCUAAAUUUUAUGCUCUACCCUAGACUUUCUCAGCAAUAAAUCUGACAUAUUGAAUCUCCAUCUGCCUGAUUCUUUUUGUUUCUCAAGUAGCUCAGAGGUCAGGAGGGGACAAGGGGUAUUAUUUUAUGACUCCCUCAAACCCCGACAAAGAUUAGUGCAGAUUAUAUUUCAAAGUACGCAUGACACAAAAACUGAAUUGGAGAAUUUUUUCUAAUUUUACAUUUUCUUAAAUCACUGAAAUUCUAUUGAAAAUGGAUAAUGUUAAUUACAAGGCAACAUGUAAAUAUUUGUUCAGGAUAUUUGAAAAGUCGACUGGCUUGACAUUGUGAUAGACCACAAUGUUGACUCUAGAUUUAAUUUGAAGGAAGGAAUGUGAAAUGAAUCAUGAUAGCCUCUGCCCACUCUGUCAACUUUUUUAAGAGUGUAAUUUACAUAUAGUAAAAUGUGCCCAUUUUAAGUUUACAGUUUGAGGAGUUUUGACAAAUGUGAACCCUCACGCAGUCACCGUUACCAUCAAGGUGAGGGAUAUUUCCAUCACCCAAAAAGUUCUCCAAUGCUCAUUUGCAGUCAGUUCCCUUCCACCCCAACACCAAGCAAGUUUCAACUACUGAUCUGCUUUCUGCGACUGCAAAGUAGAUUUGACUUUUUUAGAAUUUCAGAUAAAUAGAUCAUACAAUAUGUACUCUGUGUCUGACAUUUUUUGCUCAGCAUAAUACUUUUGAAACCUAUCCGUGUUGAGAUUCAUCCAUGUUAUUGUGUAUGUCAGUAAUGUGUUCCUUUUUAUUGCUGAGUAUUAUUCUGUUGUGUGGAUAACCCACAAUUUGUAGCUAUUCAUAUCUGUGGAUGGACGUCUAGGUUGUUGAACAUCUGAAUUUUGAUCUAUCACGAAUAAAGCUGCUAUGUAUAUACAUCA